AUGACACAUAUUGCCAUGACAACCAGAGGGAAUGAACCAUGCAGCGAUGGCUUCGAUCUCAACUACACCAUACCAAUGUUUGAGAUCUGUCCAGGAAUGCUUGGUGAAGAUGGUGAGAUGAGGCCAACUAUCCCGAAGAUCAUUCCAGCUUACCUAACGCAGAGACACGGAUGCGAGAACCAACCCAAGAAGCGACUGUCAGGAAAACGAAUAUGUCGAAUCCCAGCCACUCUCCCUCGUUCUGUGACGACUACCAUGACUACAAGACAGAAUGUUGACACCAAAAACAUCACAUCAACUUCUUCUCCAGAACCCGAGACAACCUCUCCCAAACCACAAACCACUCUACCAACGAUUGUAACAAAUUAUACGUCACAAGUGUCCUCGACCCUCACAUCGAAUUCUACAGAAGCUUGGACCACCACAUUUAACCCUAACAUCAGUCAACCAACGAUUGUAACGAAUUAUACGUCACAAGUGUCCUCGAACAUCACAUCGAAUUCUACAGAAGCUUGGACCACCAUAUUUCAGCCAAAUACCAGUCAACCAAGCCUUGAUGCCUGUUUCUUCAAGCCUUGUAGAAAUGGAGGUACUUGCUCGACCACAGCACCGUCGGUGUAUAAGUGCACAUGUAACGCAGGACACACUGGAACGCACUGUGAAUUUUCUAUCUGUCCUAAAGAUUGGUUUUACUACGGAAACAAGUGCUACGUAUACCUGUCUCAAAACAGAACAUGGGGAAUGGCUAUUCAAGCGUGCAGCUCUCUGACAGUGCAGUUUUAUGGCGAGACCGUCAAUCGGCAACCGUCGAUGCUUCUUCCAGAGAGUCAAGACGAAGCCGAUGAAAUGGCUCAACGAUUUCCCGGCGCGGAUGGAGCGGGAAGGAUUUGGAUCAAUUGCAAUGACAGGCAGACAGAGGGGGUGUGGAUAUGUGAGACAGACGCGAACGGGACAAUUUCAAAUUACAGGAAUUGGUACAGAACUGAGCCAAAUGGGGACGGUGAUACUGCCUACCUAGUGAAUCAUUAUAUUGAUCAGGCCAAAUGGUUCGAUUUCAACCAGUUUUCUACAGUCUCCACUCCUCAAACAGUGUGCCAAGUCAUUCUGUAAACAGCAAAUAUUGAACAAGAGAUAAAACUACUUUAUUGCAGUUUUAUCGAUUCAUAUUUCUUAAUUUCGCCAGUCAUUAAUUUUAUGUCUUCAGCAUUGUCAUACAUGACACACCGGAAAAUGAUUAUUCCUUUUUUACCAGUUUUAAUUCAGUGGGCCGUAUUCUGAAGUCGG